AUGGCGCUGAGGGCCCCCGGGAUGUGGAACAACCCCCCCCCCGCCCCCCUCUGCGGCAUGGGCCGCGACACCGUCAUUUCCGUCCCUGACACUGGCCACAGCUCGCACGCCAGCUGGGCUCCGGGGCCACUGGCCGCCUGGGGGGUGGACUCACAGGCCUCAGCACAGUGGGAGCCGAGGGAGCUUGGCCCAGGCCCACCCCACUCCCUAAGGAGGGCUGGCCACAGGCCUGGGGGCCGGCUUGGAGCACAGGCAAAGGCCAGAGGCCUAGAGGACCAGGGCAGAGGGUGCCUGGCCAAGGUUUCAGGGUCUUGGAGACCGCGACUGCCCUUCCAUGAAGGACACACGACCUCCCCUGCCCUCUGGCCUCCCCUGUCCGGGGUGUCAGAGGAGCUGCGUGACAGUCCUGGAGCGCCAGCUUCAGCCCUCCGGGGGCCAGCCUGCCCCCCCUCACCUGUCACGGACACUGCUGCCCAGCUGCAGCCAUGCUGGCCACAGCACCCUCACCAACUAGGUCACCGCUUCCUGUCCAGGGCAGGGGCCAGCCCAGAGACCAGCCUGCUGCUGAGGGCUGCCCAGGGACUUCCCAGCGCCCUGCCUGCUGUGCCGCGCCUCGCUGCCGCCCGCCCGGCCCUGCAAGCGCUGCGGCUCCUUCAGCGCCGCGGUCCUGCAGGGCGCCUCCUUCGUGCCCCUGCGCAGCGGGCGGGGCGGCGGCCCGUGGGCCCCGUGACGCCGAGGACCGGAAUGCCGCGGACCGCGAUGGGACAGCCGCGCCCAGGCCCCGCGGCCCCUGAGGAGUGGCUAUAGUUUCUUUGGAAACGUACACAUAGAUGGGAGACCUUCUAUACAGAGCUAUUUUAGCGAAAUUGUGCAA